AUGUAUCUUCGAGCGCUGAAAGACAUAAAGAAGGAACUUAGACCAAACCAUACAUCAACAUUCGAUACAGCUGAAAAGACGUAUCUUCGAGUAUUGGAAAGCAAGGAGAAAGCAUUUAGAUCAGAUCAUAUAUCAACACUCAAUAUAAUCAACAAUCUAGAUAAUCUCUACACCCAGCAAGGUAAACUAGUAGAAGCAGAGAAGAUAUAUCUUCGAGCGUUGGAAGGCUAUGAGAAGACACUUGUACCAAAUAACAUAUCAACACCACUCGGUACAGUCAAUAACUUAGGCAGCCUCUAUUCCAAACAAGGCACGCUAGCAGAGGCAGAGAAAAUAUUUAUUCGAGCGCUGGAAGACAGUGAUAAGGCGCUUGGACCAUACCACACAUCAAUACUUAGUACGAUCAAUGACCUAGGUAACCUCCAUUUCAAGCAAGGCAAGCUAGCAGAGGCAGAAAAGAUAUAUCCUCGAGUGCUGAAAAGCUAUGAGAACACUUUUAGCCCUGAAGUUGCCUCGUCUUAUCCACCGGCAUUGACUACUAUGCUCUACCUUGGAGACACUUUCUCGCAAACUGACCGGAAAAAUAUAGCACAGCAGAUAUAUAAUCAAGCACUAUCUGGAUACACAAUCUUCAAAGGACCUUCCUCAAAAUGGUCUAGGCAGAUUGAAGAACGGCUUCAAGCGUUGCAAAUUGUACCUGCUGCAUCGAAUAUAAUUGAAAACGAGUUUCCGGUAUCUGAAAUAGCAAGUUCAAAGUCUGUAAAAAGGAAAUCCGUAGAUUAUGAAGGCGGCUAA